CAAUUUCUAGCCGUUAUUGUCUUCUCUCUCCUACUCCCAGCUUCCGGCUUCUCAAUUUCCCGUCUGCUGAUCUUUAUUGUCUUCGAUCACGAUUUCUUGAUUUUCUGCAGACCUUAUCAUCAUAGUUUUUCUCAGGAAAAAUAUGAACUCUGUGAAGGGAAAGCUACUGAAGAAAUUGAAGACGAUAAAAACAAUUGGGUAUUUGAGGCCAGAGAGUAUCACCCUUCAAGAAAAAGAAUCCAAGAAGAAUCUUCAACCCACAGUGGAAGAGUGUCCGGAAAUCAAUGAUGUUCCUGGGCUGAUGGGAGGUGAGGAAAUGGCGGGUCUUCAUAAUGGAUUCGACGACAAAGAAAACAUUAGGCCGAAAUUGAGUUAUUCGAAGCCCAAGAUUGAAGCUUUUGGGGGUAAACCCUUGCCUGAAAAUGAUGUGACGAUUUUCCGGCGACCUGAUAUGGAUUCCGCCACUCUAUUCGACCCCAACCUUCUUGCAGCUUUUGAGCAGGCAGUGAUUGCAGUAAAAGCGUUGGAAGCGGAGAGAAUGGCAGUAAUUGAAGAAACAAUAGAUCAGAUAAUCAAAGAAGAAGAAGAAGAACAAAAUGGAGCGGUAUUUUCGGAAUUUGAAGAAAGAUGCCCUCCGGGAGGCUCUGAUUCGGUUAUUCUUUACACAACAGGGCUUAGAGGGAUCAGGAAGACGUUCGAGGACUGCCAAAGGAUUCGGUUCCUUCUCCAAAACUUUCAGGUUACGUUUUUCGAGAGGGACGUUUCUAUGCAUAGAGAGUACAAGGAAGAACUAUGGAGGGUUAUGGAGGGAAAAGUGGCUCCCCCAAGGCUGUUCAUUAAGGGAAGGUACAUAGGGGGAGCUGAAGAAGUGGUGGGGUUGCAUGAAAAGGGGAUGUUUAAGCCCCUUCUUAAAGGCAUUCCACUUGAUGUGUCUCCAGGUCAGUGUGAUGGUUGUGGUGGGCUUAGGUUUGUUUUGUGUUUCAACUGCAAUGGAAGCACAAAAGUUCUCGAUGAUAGUGGCGGCGAUGAUGGUGGAGAUAGGGGUGGUGAGUCAGUCAGAUGUCCAGCUUGUAAUGAGAAUGGGCUUCUUGUAUGCACCUUGUGUUCUUUGAGUUGAAGUUUGAAUUCAUUCAUUGUUCACAUCCACCACUAUGAUGUAACUUCUGUAUACAUUUUGGUUAGUUAGUGUUUCUUCAUUGUUACUGUAAUAUUUGGUUCAUUUUAUUUAUUCAUUUAUAGAUAAGCUAUAUACAAUCUAUGUAAUUUUUUUAUAUGAAACCUUAUCAUCCAAUAUAUUUGUAAACAGCUAGCCUCAAAAGUGUG